GAUUCGCAUAUCUCACAAAGAAGUUUCACAUCGCACAUAUAAGGUCCACGCUCUCGAGUCUUUGCCUAGUAUUCCCUUCGCUUUCCACUCGGACGACAGUCUGACUCGAUCGUUCGUUUCCUACUCUCCACGAGAGGCCUACGAUAUCCUCCACAUAGUUCAUCAAAUACUCCUCAAAUCUAUAUAAUCGUCACGAUGCCCGGUUAUCGAAUUGCAAGCAAGCGUGACGGUUGUGCGGGUUGUCGUGACAAACCGUCCGAUGGUAUACCAUUUCGCGUGUGUAAGGGUUGUCGACUGGUCUCUUUCUGCAGCAAAGCCUGCGAGCGCGAGUCGUGGAGCUCCCACAAGCACGUCUUUUAACUUCCUCAGAUCGGCCUCGAUCUUGGUUCGACUGAUUCACUUACUGAGAUUCAUAUGUAGAACAAUCUGCCGCGAGGCUCAAAGUGCAAACGGACUGAAUACCGACUCCAUCGCUGGCAGGGAGUCGGUCCAUAUCCACCUUCUGGCUCGAGACUUCUGGGAGGCUUACGAAGGCGCUAUCCAUACAUACGUUUCCAGCAAGGUCAUGGAUCACUUUCGCAUCAAUCGUUCGGUUUCGUUCACCACCUUCGACUGGUCCAAUCACUUCUUCCUGCUCUCCAUCUCACCUCGCUUCGAAAAUGUGGAAGACACCACCGACCGCAGCCCCGCCACACUCUUCCGCAUCCAAUCCGGCACUUUUCGAUCUUUCAACGAUCUCGAUGCCGCUACGAGAUCCUACUUCGAUGUCGGCCCCGAGAAGGUGACGAAGAUCAAGAAGUUGAUGGGCGUCUACCCAACUAGCAGCCGCGUUGGUGCACUGGGAAUGCUCCCUUUCCUGAUCGACUUUGGAGAGUCUAGGCGUAUCACAGCAACUUUUCCAAUUUCACCUCAGCUAUUAGUUGGCGCGGCUUUCGAUACCAGUUCAACAGGACCUUCCGAAUUUCUCAUACUGCAGACCAUCGUGGAGAGAGGGAUCGAUCUGCGGUUUGAUCAAGAGAGGGAGCGGGAGGUGUUUCAUCGUAUGGUUCACGGACGACCUGGAUGGAAGUGGCAGCCCCUGUCACAGAGCGAUGAGGAGGCUUUGAAGAGCGAUGAGGGUAUGAGGAGGAUACUUUACCGGUUUGACGAGAACUGAGUACGGCCUGCAUAUCGCAAUUGUAUAACUGAAGCUUUUCAGCCCAAGUCUUCUGCGUCUCAUCUGCGCUCUUAGUCUUAGUC